AUGUCUCGGCGCAAGCAGGCCAAGCCCCAGCACCUCAAGUCGGACGAAGAGCUGCCGCCGCCGGACGGGGCUCCCGAGCACGCCGUCCCCGGGGACGGGGCCGAAGACGGGGACAGCGGGAGCGAGGGCAGGAGCGGGAGCGAGGAGGCGAGCGUGUGUGAGAAGUGCUGCGCGGAGUUCUUCAAGUGGACCGACUUCCUGGAGCACAAGAAGGACUGCACGAGAAACCCGCCCGUGCUGAUCGUGGGCGAAGAUGGGCCGGCCCCCCCGCCCGAGCACUUCCCAGAACCUUCCCCGGCCAGCUCCCCCAGCGACCGGACAGAGAGCGAGGCAGCCGAGGAGGCGGCGCCCGCGGACGGCGCCCAAGGCGGUGAGGCCAGGGCCCCGGAGAAAGAGGAGGAGCCCAUGGAGGCCGAGCCCGCCGCCGGGGACGAGAGCUUCCAGACCCCUGGCCCCGCGCCCGCGGGGAAGCCGCCUCUACCUCAGAUCCCCGAGCCAGCGCCCGUGGCCGCCUACAGCAUGCCAGACACCAACGUGACCUUGGAGACCCUCCUGAGCACCAAGGUGGCCGUGGCCCAGUUCUCCCAGAACGCGAGGGCUGCGGGCAGCGCGGGAUCCGGCGGCGGGGUCACGGCAGUGGCCGUGCCCAUGAUCCUGGAGCAGCUCAUGGCCCUGCAGCAGCAGCAGAUUCACCAGCUGCAGCUCAUCGAGCAGAUCCGCAGCCAGGUGGCCAUGAUGAACCGCCAGCCCCUGCGGCCGCCCCUGAACCCCGGGGCGGCCCCGGCGGCCCCGAGCGGCCCGGUGCCGGCCUCCAGCCAGCUGCAGGGGCUGGCCACCCACUCAGCCCUGCAGCUCUCGGCCGGGGCCCCCCCCACGCCCACGGCUCCGGGCCCCGCUGCCCAGCCGGCCACCUACGAGGGCCCCCAGCCCCUGUCCCAGCCGGCCUCUGGGGCAAACACCCCGCACGUCCCCAGUGGGGGCCCCUCCGUCCCCACCGAGGCGAGCGGGCCGGCGUCCUCCGGCACAGCCCCGGCCUCUACCGUCCCAGCCUUGGCGGCCGGCCCCUCCGGCAGCAGCUCCCAGCCGCAGAACGCCUCGACGCCCCCCGCCCUGGGGCCAGGGCCCCUCCUCAGCUCAGCCCCCAGCCUGCCAACCCCGCUUCUACCUCAGACCUCCGCCAGCAGCGUCAUCUUUCCCAACCCACUGGUCAGCAUCGCGGCCACCGCCAAUGCGCUGGACCCGCUGUCGGCCCUCCUGAAGCACCGCAAGGGCAAGCCCCCAAACGUGUCGGUGUUCGAGCCCAAGGCCAGCGCCGAGGACCCCUUCUUCAAGCACAAGUGCCGAUUCUGUGCGAAGGUGUUCGGCAGCGACAGUGCCCUGCAGAUCCACCUGCGCUCCCACACCGGCGAGAGGCCCUUCAAGUGCAACGUCUGCGGGAACCGCUUCUCCACCAAGGGCAACCUCAAGGUCCACUUUCAGAGGCACAAGGAGAAGUACCCCCACAUCCAGAUGAACCCCUACCCCGUCCCGGAGUACCUAGACAACGUGCCCACCUGUUCCGGCAUCCCCUACGGGAUGUCGCUGCCUCCGGAGAAGCCAGUGACCACCUGGCUGGACAGCAAGCCCGUGUUGCCCACGGUGUCCACAUCGGUCGGGCUGCAGCUCCCGCCCACCAUCCCCGGCGUCGGCGGCUACGCAGACUCCCCCAGCCUCACCCCCGCAAGCCGCUCCCCGCAGCGGCCCUCGCCCGCAUCUAGCGAGUGCACCUCCCUGUCCCCCGGCCUCAACAGCUCUGAGUCCGGCGUCCCGGGGGCAGCCGAGUCCCCCCAGCCAGGGCUCGGCGGCUCUUCUCAGACCAAAACCGAGCCCGUGAGCCUCCCCUGCACGAAUCCCAGGCUGGGGGAGGCCCCCGGGAGCGGGCAGGUCUCUGCCACGUCGGCGGCGGCCGUCCUGACGGAUAGCAGCGCCUCCACGGGCCUGUGCAGCCCGGUCCUUCCGUCCGGCUCGGACCAGUUCAAGGCCAAGUUCCCCUUCGGGGGCCUGCUGGACUCCAUGCAGACGUCUGAGACGUCCAAGCUGCAGCAGCUGGUGGAGAACAUCGACAAGAAGAUGACGGACCCCAACCAGUGCGUCAUCUGCCACCGCGUCCUGAGCUGCCAGAGCGCCCUCAAGAUGCACUACCGGACGCACACGGGGGAGAGGCCCUUCAAGUGCAAGAUCUGCGGGCGCGCCUUUACCACCAAGGGCAACCUGAAGACGCACUUCGGGGUGCACCGGGCCAAGCCGCCGUUGCGCGUGCAGCACUCCUGCCCCAUCUGCCAGAAGAAGUUCACCAACGCCGUGGUCCUGCAGCAGCACAUCCGCAUGCACAUGGGGGGGCAGAUCCCCAACACGCCCCUGCCCGAGGGCUUCCAGGAUGCCAUGGACGCCGAGCUCCCCUAUGACGACAAGGCCGCGGAGGUCCUCAGCGGCUACGACGACGACGCCGACGAGAACUCCAUGGAGGACGAGGCCGAGCUGCGGGAGCCCGCCGGCGACCCGCCCAAGCCGCUGCUGUCCUAUGCGGGGUCCUGCCCGCCCUCGCCGCCCUCCGUCAUCUCCAGCAUCGCCGCCCUGGAGAACCAGAUGAAGAUGAUGGACUCGGUCAUGAGCUGCCCGCAGCUGCCUGCCCUGAAGUCCCUGGAGAACGGGUCCGGGGACAGCGACCGUCUGAGCAACGACUCGUCGUCAGCCGUGGGCGACCUGGAGAGCCGGAGCGCGGGCAGCCCGGCCCUGUCCGAGUCCUCGUCCUCCACACGCGCCCUGUCGCCCAUGAACAGCAACAGCGAGAGCUUGCCCUCCAAGUCCCCGGGCCUCAGCGCCCAGGAGGAGCCCCAGGAGGUGCCACUAAAGACCGAGAGGCCGGACAGCCCGCCCCCUGCCCCCGAAAACGGAGGCGCGCUGGACCUCACGGCGGCCCCGCCCAGCCGGCCGGCCAUCAAGGAGGAGGCCCCCUUUAGCCUGCUGUUCCUGAGCAGAGAACGGGGUAAGUGUGCGGGCACUGUGUGUCGUGUCUGUGGCAAGCCCUUUGCUUGCAGGAGCGCGUUGGAAAUCCACCACCGCAGCCACACUAAGGAGCGCCCGUUUCUCUGUGCGGUCUGCGGGCGCGGGUGCUCCACUAUGGGGAAUUUAAAACAGCACUUACUGACGCACACGUUGAGCGAGCCGCGUUCUCAGUUCUGUGACCCCGACUUUGCCCUAGGUCCCAGCCAAAGCACGGCUAGCCUGGUCGCCGGCCCCGCGCCCGCCAUGAUCAAAAUGGAAGUGAACGGGCACAGCAAAGCCAUCCCGCUGGGCGAGGGCGCGCCGCUGCCGGCCGCGGUCCAGGUGCCCCCGGGGCCCCAGGCGGUGAUGAGCCCCGGCCUCGCGCCCAUGCUGGCCCCCCCGCCGCGCCGCACCCCCAAACAGCACAACUGUCAGUCGUGCGGGAAGACCUUCUCCUCGGCCAGCGCCCUGCAGAUCCACGAGCGCACGCACACCGGAGAGAAGCCCUUCGGCUGCACCAUCUGCGGGAGGGCCUUCACCACGAAGGGCAACCUCAAGGUGCACAUGGGCACGCACAUGUGGAACAACGCCCCUGCGAGGCGCGGCCGCCGCCUGUCCGUGGAAAACCCCAUGGCUCUGCUGGGGGGCGACGCCCUGAAGUUCUCAGAAAUGUUCCAGAAGGAUCUGGCAGCGCGAGCAAUGAACGUUGACCCGAGUUUCUGGAACCAGUAUGCCGCAGCCAUCACCAACGGUCUCGCCAUGAAGAACAACGAGAUCUCCGUCAUCCAGAACGGGGGCAUCCCCCAGCUCCCCGUAAGUCUUGGGGGAAGCGCCCUCCCCCCCUUGGGUUCUCUGGCCGCCGGGAUGGACAAAGUGCGCAGCGGCGGCAGUCCGCCCAUCGUGGGUUUGGACAAAGCCAGCUCCGAAACAGGAGCCAGCCGUCCGUUCACGAGGUUUAUCGAGGAUAACAAGGAGAUCGGAAUUAACUAGCUGUGCUCGGCUCCGUCCCGCGCGCACACCGUCAAGGGCGGCCAUCAGGCUGCGCGGCCUUGGGCCCCGGUUCCCCUGAAAAUGGUCCCCGUAGCAGAAGCCACGUUCCCUGUGCGGCUGCUGGAAGGCUGUCCUGGACACAUGUACUCUUCCCACGCGAGCCUGACUGCUCUGGGGACUCUGCCGGCUGCUCGUAAAUUGAGAUCAAAAAGCGGAGUCCUGUAGGACCGCCUUAGGAACGGAAAGGGCUCACACCCCAUCCACUCGUUCCUCCCAAAACCUGAUAACCCCCGCACGUGGGGGAGGGGUCCCCUGCGUGUCCCAGCGACACUCACUCGAAGGUUUUGUUCGAGUUAGUUAGAAACUUGAACUCGGCUUUUAGACUGUUGAGGAUGUGGUCGUGUUCUCCCAGCGCCGUCUUCUGGCCGUCCCUUUGUCUGUAGUAUUUAUGAGGUUAAGAUUAUGCGGGUAACAGAUAAUGCAGCCCCACCUUUAGAGGAAGCUUUUGUACCGCAGGAUACAUCUGGCUAUGUGAUUUUUUUCUUUUCAAGCAGAAUUUGUUUUACUAUAAAUAAGUGAGUUUUUUCAACGCAGGCAGACUGUACAGUCCCCUGCAGAAGACCGCAUGCUUUCGUGUGCAAGUGCCCGUCAGUGACAAGCCUUUUUUUGUUGUUCUUUUUUGUUCUUUUUUUUUUUUUUUUUCUCUUUUAAUUUAAAUGUUUGUAGCUGCUAUCUGGACAGUUGUUCCCUAGUGUGGUCUGUAGCCCGGCGAUUGGGAGCAAGUUACAGACAAAAUGUCACCGUAAAUUAUUCACAACAUUAUAAGUGGUUGUGAGGACAUGCUUCACGUUAUCAAAGUUGUACAAUAAAAAGGUAAUGUUUGUA